AUGGUGGGCUUUUGUCUGAGCACAGUUUUACAAAAAAAAUUACAGGCUCUUUCAGCCGGCCGAGUGCAAUCCGUAGUUUUAAAAUUAAUCGUCGAGCGAGAACUAGCAAUCCGUAAUCACGAAAAAAAAAAGGAAUAUAUUGUUUGCGGUAUUUGCCUCGUCGAACAAGAAAAAAUAACCCUUAAACAAGUAAAAUCUACCGGUGAGUUAAUUGUCUACCCCGAAAUUCCGGCGGCCGAAAAAAUAACCACCAAAUUAGGACUAGAUUUCCAACUAGUCACUAAAAAAAAGGAAGAUAAAAUUAUUUUACCUAAAUCACCUUUAACUACUUCUUUGUUGCUUUCUGAGGCUAAGUCGCAGUUAGGAUUUUCUAUUGCUCAAACUACACGAUUAGCCCAGAAACUAUAUGAAGGGAUAAGACUAAUUUCUUCGGAAAAACAAGAAAUCAAAACGUCCUUAACUAAGGAAGAGCACCAAUUAUACCAGUUAGUUUUUCAUCAUACUUUAACUAGUUUUAUGGCUCCGGCUCGGAUUAAGAAAAUAACUUACCAUUUUCUUAACAAUGGUUAUUAUUUUUCCACCAACGAAAGAAUUAGUAAUUUUUUGGGUUUUUUGGCUGUUGACCCCCCAAUCUACUUACUCCAUUACCGAAUAAAAACUCAGGCUAAAUUAAUUGAUAUUUCCCUGUUAAGUGCUGAAAAAAUAGAAAUUCAGGAAUAUUUAGAAAACAAACCGGUUCGUUACAAUGAAGGCAGUUUAGUUCAAGAAUUAGAAAGACUGGGUAUUGGUCGUCCUUCUACUUACAAUACAUUCGGGCGAAAAAUCCAAAGUCGCAAAUACGCCGAACUAAAUCCCCGAGGGCAGUUUGUUCCCACUCCCUUGGGAUUUACGGUCAACACUUGA